CACACAACUCACCUAACAGUUUCUCUCUCUUCUGUUCUUCUGAAUUUCUUCUAAUCUCUCUUGCUCUCACUAUUCAUCUUCCCUAAAAAAAACCUAGAAACAAAUCCAUUAUUCAAUUGUUCACCUUUCAUUAGAGCUCUCUUCAUUCAUCCCUAAAUUGCGAUAAUUAAUCAAAUCAAUAACAACAUCAGUUAGAAAAUCAUUUAAUUUUCGAAUCAUAAAAAGAAGAUAAUCGUGUUUCAGAGAAUAUAGGAGAGAGAAAAUCGCCGGCGAGAGGGUUGCUCACCUUCCUGAAGUGAAAAUCAUGCUCUGGAACAUAUGAAGAUGACGUUAAGUCUUCUCUGUAUGCAUCUUCUUGUGUAUGAUGCAGUGGUUGGUUUGAUCUCUGGUGGCAGAGCAAAUGUUCAAAUUGUAUGAUUUGGAUUAGUUUUUUCUUUUCUUAUAUUACUCAUUCUUUAAACUUGUGAUUUGCUACUUUUAGCUUAUUUUUGCUCAAAUUUGCUUUAGUUGUUUGACAAAUUGUUUGUGUUUUCGCAUUUUAAGGUUGAAUUUCUUGAAUUCGCUAUUUUCAGCUCAAUUAAUAUUCAAUUCUGGUCUAGUUUUGAGAAUUCGCUUGUGUUUCAAAUUUUUAGCUUUUGAAUUCGCUAUUUUUAGCUCAAUUGAUAUUAUUAUUUCACCAGAUUCUUAUUAUGAGAGUUGAGAAAGAAAGAGAAGGCUGAAGAAGAUGAAAGUGGAAGAAGAAGGUGGGGGAAAAUUAAAAGUUGUUGGUGAUUUGAUUUUUGACUUGUGAAUUUUUGGUGGAUUUUGGUGUAGAUUUUGUUGAAGACUUAAAAGUUACCCUCAUAAUACUCAAAUUUACCUUAUAAUACUCAAAGUUACCCUACAAAGAUAAAAAUUAAUUAUGAUAUACUAAAGUUAUCCUAAACGUACUAAAAGUUACCCUUAUAAUAUAUAAAGUUGCCCUGGAAAUAUAUAAAGUUAUCUUUAAUAUAGUGAAGUUACCCUAAAACAGGCAAAAGUUACCCCUAAAGUAUAUAAAGUUACCCUAAAAGUGGUAAAAGUUACCAUUGUUUUCAGUUUUCAGACUAAGAGUUGUUUUCAGCGGAUCCUACUAUAUAUAUAUACGGUUGUUGACACAUGCAUCGCGUGCAUAUGCUACUAGUAGUGAACUACUCCCUCCGUGUGUUUUAAUUGCUAAAUUUCCAUUUUAGGAAAUCAAACUACCAACUUUGACCGAUUGUCAUGAUUCUUUUAUAAGUAAAAAUAUAGGCAUAUGUGAUUGUGUUAGAUUUUUCUCGGUGGGUAGAUUUAUAAUUUCAAAUUUUUUAAUUUUUAUUUAAAAGGAAAUAUGAGAGAUUAAGGGUUUAAAAAAAUAUCUUGAAAAACGUGUCCAAACAAUGUAGCAAUUUAAAAAACGGAUGGAUUAUCACACAUCUAUGCCUGUUGAAACCAAUUAAAUGCCAACUUAUGAGUGUUUCAUAUUGGAGAAAGAGUAGACAAUAAACCACUUUAUAAGAUUAAGAGUUACCCCUCCUAUCAUCAAUUGGUUUUACGAUGGAACCUCGUAGCUUGUAAGUGGGCUAGUGGGCCGAACUUCUGAAUUGGGAGGAGACAGACUAGAGGGAGUAAAAUGAAGAUGAUUUUCACUUAAUUUGAGAAAUACAGUGAAAUUAAGUUAUUUUCCCAGAAUUUGAGUAGCUGUGUUAAACACCCAUUGACGAGAUCAAAUCGUCUUCCAUUCUUCAAGAGCAAAUGCGUGGUUUAGCAGCUCAGAUUUAUACUUAUAUUUGCGGAAUUAGACCCAGAAAUGUACCAUCUAGUGGCAAUUCUUCACUACUUAGAACCAAAGAAGAAUUAACUCUUGAAGAGCAAGCUGAGAGAAAAAUUGGAUGGUUGCUUAAGCUUAUAUUUGCUGGCACUGCUACUGCUGUUGGUUACCAGCUUUUCCCAUAUAUGGGAGAUAAUUUGAUACAACAAUCUGUGUCACUUAUGCAAGCCAAAGAUCCCUUGUUUAAGAGAAUGGGAGCAUCUAGGAUUGCUCGUUUCGCAGUAGAUGAUGAAAGGAGGAUGAAAAUUCUAGAGAUGGGUGGAGCUGAAGAGCUUGUAAAGAUGUUGGAUAAUGCUAAAGAUGACCGAACAAGGAAAGAAGCACUUAAAGCUCUUUCUGCACUUUCAAAUUCAGGCCCUAUGAGCGUGCAGAAAUAUAGCUAGGGAAGCUCAUUCCAAAAGUUCUACUCCUUCCAUGUGAAAAAUAUACUCUUUUUGAUUUGGACUUGACCAAAAGAUAUAACAUUCUCUGUAAUAGUAAUGAAUUUAUCAUUUGAUUUUCCAUGCCAUCAUUUUUUAAUGUUAUUUCACAUAAAUCAUGCUGUUUAAUUCGAGAGUAUUUUUAGGAUGUAUCCUUACCUGUCUUGUGACGGUAUGAGUUUCUUAUAUAACUAUUUUGAAUGUUUUACGAGAAAACCAACAUUAUUCUUCUAUCUGUGAGCUAAUAAAGUACAAAUGGUUUUUUAUAUGCUCUAGACAACUCGAAUAGAAUGAUUAGCCCCUAUUUACACCUUACUGAUAAGACUGAAAUACAUGGCCUACCAAAUCUGAAGCUUCUUGAAAAGUAGUGGGUUGAUGGAAAAAUAUAUACCGAACAAAUCUGCAAAGAGAUAUUGCAGGUGCAGACUAGGUAAUAGCUGAGAUAGACAUUAUAUGCAAAGUGCAAACGUUAACACAAGACUAAGAGAGAACAAACUUGUGUCUUGCUGAGGAGCCAAAAAGUUAGUUAAUAACUAAACCAAAUACAAAGUUAAGGCUUUAGGGGGUAAUAGAAGAGCUUACUGCAUGUUGCAGUGAGGGUGUGUAUGCUGGUUAGGACAACCAUGGGUCCCUCUGCCCUGCUGCUGCCAGAUGCAAUGCCUUAUCGUGUGGGCUAACCUAUAAAGGGUUCUUCCUGGUAUGUGGAGUUGGUUCUAUUGAUCAUUCACAACCCUUUGUCCAUCCCCUCCCACCUGGUGUUUUAUUCUCCUCUAUAUUCUUUCUCCCCUUUUCCUUUUUUUGGAGGGGAAGCUUUUCCUUUUGAACUUAUUUCAUAGACUUGCGCCCUUCCCUCCAACUUGCUUUUUUAGACUUCUCCCUAGUCUUGUUCACGCCUUUAUCUACUGAUUAUUUCCUUCCUCAUUAUCUAUAUAUCUGCACGAUGUUGCCUAUCAAGGAAGUGAACCUUUAAAAGCAUUCAUAAGAUUUACUACCCUAUUGAGCUGAGGCCUUGUUAGUGUUGAUCUAGGGCACCCUGUGUUAUCAGAGUUGUUGAGUUUUGCUGUCAGCGCCCUUGUUCCAAAUAUUGUCUGAUACCAAGUUUAUGCAAGAAAGAAACCUCUGUAAUAUGUAGGUGUAGGGUAUGAUUGGUGAACUGAUGGUAGGAAAUGAAACAGUAGUCCAGUACCCCUUUUCGAUAUCACAUGAGAAGCUGUCCUUUCCAGCAGCAUAUUACAUUUUCGUCAAAAUUCAUUGCUGACGUGGAAUUCAAAAACAUCCUUUAGCCCCCACUUAAAUACUUAGUUUUCUUUUCUUUUUAAAGACGCUUAUCCUCCUUAGGCUAGAAAUUUUUUUAAGAGCAUGCCAUGUAGGAACUGUAGUCUUGAAGGUGAAGCAUGUUCUUGAUUUCAGGAAGUAUGAGAUUUGUAUCUAAAUAUGAUUUGAUAAUGAUACGGAGGAAGUAUGAGAUUUGUCAAAUCUCGUCCUAAUUGUAAUUAGUAUCAAAUCAACAAUCUCAAAUGACUCAAAUGUAGACAAAUCUCGUCCUGAUUGUAAUUAGUAUCAAAUCAACAAUCUCAAAUGUUAAGCGCCGUUAAUGAAAAAUAUAACGUAAUUUCUUGAACUUCAUAUAAUAUAGAUAACCACCCACACGAUAAAAUCUACCACAUAAUUAGUUCAGGAGAUCCAUAAAAUCUUAAAAAUCUUGGCGAAACUCAAAAGUCAAAAGUAUAUAAGUGACUGAAAUGGACAGAUACUUUGAUACAGUUGCCCUUUUCUCUCCUGCAAGAUCAACAGUUGCAUGUACAUACAACAAAACUACCAUUCCAAAGUGGAGCUGCUACAUAUACAAAUGAAUACACAUUGACUAUAAAUCAGCCACACUUAUAGCUUCCCCAUUCAGUAUAUAUGUAUACACUAUAUCACAUAUCAUACAAUCUAGCCAAAAACUGUGAUUGAGAAUGUCCACUUCAACUAUAAAUAUUUGCCGUGAUAGAAAUUGUACUUGUGACCACUGCCAAAAUCACCAUACUCACUGCAAUAACUUUAUCUCGUGUUGAGGAUAUACCGCGAACAUCUCUGCCAUAUGAAAUCAACAAUUAUAACUUAUAAGAAACGGCAAUAUAUCAUUCAUGUCUGAAGAAAAAAGAACAGAACACACCAAAGGAUUUGGUGGAGAACAACAAAAUGUAAUGGCGUCGAUAGUUUGAUACCCUUACUCAAUAGUAACAAAUGAAGGUAUACAUUAUAGUCAUGUAGUGAGAGUGUUGUUGUCUUUUCACCCCUUGUUCUCCACCAAACCGUUUAGAGUUCAGUUGUAAUCAACAUGAAAAGAAGGAGCUAAAGGGAGAGUAUACCUCAAAGUGAUGGCGGCAGGGAAAAUGAAUGCAAUUGAGAUGACAGUAGUUGAUCCAACAUACUGAAAGAAAAUCCAUAUAUCGGGAAUGGCAAUCGCAGCCAAGUAGGAUAAUGCCAGCAAAGUUGAAGUGAGAGAAAUGAAUGUGAAGUUAUUGCCACUAGCCAGAACACCCUUCUUAAAGAACAAAAGUUCAUCAAUGUUUCCUCUCAGAGAGAAGUUAAGCAGAGGGUAGACUAGGACAAGGUGAAGAGCAUAGCUCAAUCGUACUACAUCGUUGAGUAAAGGGCUCGUAGAAGAGCUGUCAAAGUUUACUAGUAUGUCGGAUGCAAUGGAAUCCCCGAAUAGAAGGUAUCCAAAGAAGCCAACAGAGAAGUAGAUGACAGCGCAAAGUACAAGAGAAAUUCUCGUUGCUACUUUCAUCUUUGAAGGUUUGCCGAGUUCUGAGCUGAUUGGAUGUACUAUAAUUAAUGGAGAAAUGGAGAUCAGCAUUUCAUAUGUAUAUAUCAUAUAUAAUGAGGUUUAAAAAGUUGAGUCAUUAUUGUACUCACCAUUGAAGUGAAAUGUAAAUGCUGUUACUAUUACUGGGACGGCAGUGAAGAGAUUGAAGAAUGAGGAUUGACCAUCCAAGUCAGGAAACAAUCUAGGCUUCUCAGUUUUUCCAUGAAAGAGUGCAGAGAUUGCCAUCACGAAGCUUAUGCAAACAAACACCACAGCUAGGAAGACCGAUACUGCAGAGGAAAACCUCAAGGAUUCUGCUUGUAACAUGAUUGAAAAUUGGAACUUAGCUCACAGUACAUAGCUUGUCUCUUAUUCUUAUUUUUUCAACAUCAAGCAAUUAAUAAGGUUUAAUAUACUUGUUGCAUGAUUUACUUA